AUGUCAAUCCACAUGAGCUUCAAGAGUCUUAAUUCGAAGGCAUCAAAUAUUGUCCUAGGUUGCCCGCCCCAUGAGACUAAGCUCUUGAAAAAAGUCAAGACAAUUUCAUCAGGCGGUUCACUCUGUAGACAAGAAAAUUUUUCGACUAAGAAUAAAGCACACGCCCAGUCCAAGGAAGAUGUCAAGAGCAACAAAGAUACGCAUGGAUUCAAAAAGUUCAGAAAUCUCAAAAAACGGAGUCUAUUCCACAAAUUUACAAGAUGUCAAUCUGGCACAAGUCCUAAGGGUCUGCCCCCUCUUCUUCAGGAAAAUGUGGCACAAAAUUUAGUUACCGAUUUGGUAACCCCGAAAGAUCAAACAGACGAAGAGCCCUGUGAAUACUCCGGGACUCCAGUGGAUACCCAUUCCGUUCGUCUGUCUAUUUCUUCCGCUAUGCGAAACCGUUCUCAAGACAGAUCUCCCUCUAUAUUCCAAAUGCCUUUGCAGGUCCGCGACGUUUAUCUCCCCCGCUCAAUUUUGAGGUACUUGAUUUGGACCUUCAAAGACAAAGACACAAAAAAGCCCAAAACAAGAAAAUGUUGUUUUUUUGAGCGAUCUGCUAAAGAACUAGAAAGGAACAGUCCCGAAAUUAGUAGGCGGCUGUAUGAUUCUCGCAAAUAUGCGUUGCUUGAGUUCAUCAAGCAUCAUGCUAGAACAUUAGCAAGGAUGUUUUCAAAGCUUUGUCACUUCACCAAAAUGUCCUGCCUGAGAUUCAGAAUGAAGUCUAGAAACCUCUCGCGCUCCGAUCCUUACUCUUCAGAAACAAAUGCAAAUGAAAACUCAGAUGAGCUAAGUGCCGGCUCUGGCCUGGAAAAUCAUUCUGAAAGCCCAUUACGUCAAAAAAUUAUCAUACUGCCAGCUUUCGUUACAACUUCCAAAGAUCAUGAUCUCUUAAGUGAGUCCUUCAACUCGUCAUCUACAAUUUCUAGAUCUGCGAGAAGAAAAAGUGUGACAAUCUCUUAUGAAGCCUAUGGCAGUACAGGCAGAGCGGUGAACGAAAUAAGCGAAGACAUUAAAACUGAGUUUUCUAAUUUACAUCCACGCCAAAAGAGCAGCAUUCCUACUUCCCAAGUAUAA